CGGGUGGGGUGCGGGGGGCGGAGUGGGGGAGAUAGGGGCGGAGAGGGGGGGAUAGGGGCGGGCGUGUGCCGCCCGAUAGACACCCGCGGCCAGGUACGGGCGGAGGCACUGAGGGCCGCGCUGGGCUGGGGCUCCUGGGCAGCGAGAGCCGAGCAGGAGCCGGAGCCGCCCAGAGCCCAGCACCGCUGGGUCCGUGCCGCCGCCGCCUCGCCUCAUGGCCACCCGGGUGCUGAGCAUGAGCGCCCGCCUGGGCGCCGUGCAGCAGCCCGAGGAGCCGGUGUUCGCGCAGCUCAAGCCCGUGCUGGGGGCCAGGGAGGCGCCCAUCUUCCCCGGGGAGGACAUGAAGCAGCAGCAGCAGCCGCCCCCUCAACAGCAGCAGCAGCACCCGGGGGGCGGCGGGGGCGGCGGCGCGACCCUGCCGGCGGAGGAGAUGGUGCAGACGAGAUGUGAAAUGGAGAAAUACCUGGCGCCUCAGCUUCCGCCCGUCCCGGUCAUCCCCGAACAUAAAAAGUACAGACGAGACAGUGCCUCAGUUGUAGACCAGUUCUUCACUGACAGUGAAGGGUUGCCUUACAGCAUCAACAUGAACGUCUUCCUCCCUGACAUUAGUCACCUGAGAACUGGCCUGUACAAAUCCCAGCGACCCUGCGUAACCCACAUCAAGACCGAACCCGUCACCAUCUUCAGCCACCAGAGUGAAACUACUGCCCCAGCCCCUGCCCCUACUCAGGCCCUUCCCGAGUUUACCAGCAUCUUCAGCUCUCACCAAACUCCCGACGUGAACAACAUUUUCAUCAAGCAGGAGCUUCCAACUCCAGACGUUCAUCUCUCCGUCACGCCCCAGCAAGGCCAGUUGUAUCAGCUCUUGAGCUCGCCGGAUCUAGAUAUGCCCACCACGACUCCUCAGGCAGCCGUCAUGGACUCCCUUAGCAAUGUUUCCAUGCCGUCAGCCAUGGCAGGCCUUAACACCCUCUCCUCAGCGGUUCCACAGACUGCAAUGAAACAGUUCCAGGGUAUUCCCCCCUGCACCUACUCCAUGCCAAACCAGUUUCUUCAGCAGCAAGCCACUUACUUCCCCCCUUCGCCCCCAAGCUCAGAGCCUGGGAGUCCAGACAGACAAGCAGAGAUGCUACAGAAUUUAACCCCUCCUCCGUCAUAUGCCGCAACUAUAGCUUCCAAGCUGGCAAUUCACAACCCGAAUUUGCCAGCAACUCUGCCAAUAACUCCCCAGAACAUCCAGCCAGUCAGAUACAACAGAAGAAGUAACCCAGAUUUGGAGAAAAGACGCAUUCACUACUGUGACUAUCCUGGCUGCACGAAAGUUUAUACAAAGUCUUCUCACUUAAAAGCGCACCUGAGAACUCACACGGGUGAAAAACCGUACAAGUGCACGUGGGAAGGCUGCGACUGGAGAUUCGCACGCUCGGAUGAAUUAACGCGCCACUACAGGAAGCACACAGGGGCAAAGCCCUUCCAGUGCGCUGUGUGCAACCGCAGCUUCUCUCGCUCCGAUCACCUGGCUCUCCACAUGAAGAGGCAUCAGAACUGAAAGCUGGACUUGUCGCUGAGGCAGUUCUGUAUCUAUGCAAUUUCCUAUUGACUCUCGACGUACAACUAAAAUGAGUUUAAUUUUUGAGUAUGGAUUAUCCAUUUAAAAGAAAUCUCAAAGGCAACUGGAAAUGUAUAUUUUGUAUAUUUAUGCAGAAAAAGGGAAGACACUGUAUCACAAUACCGGAGUGUUCAAGUCAUUUGUUUGCUCUCAUGAUGUAUAUGGCUUUAGUCAGCAGGUUUCAUCUCUUUACAAGUAUUAUGUCUUGACACAUGGCAGCGUUACACUUUUUUUUUCUCUUGUGGUGUUUUGACCAAAGCACUGUCAUUGUGACAGUGUUUAGUAAAUGAAUUAAUGAGAGGCUACACAUGAAUGGACGCAGUGGAAAAGCCAUGAAUUGUAAUCUGUCAGGUUUUUACUGGACAUAUUUAGUACUUGUGUUUGUUAGUUUUUUUUUAAUGUUAAGUCGUUCUGUGGAGAUAAAAUACAUAGAAAAAUUCAUAAACAGCCAUAGAACAAAACAUUUUGUUCUGUAUGUUGCAUGUUUGCUAUGACAAAGAUUUUGUAAAUAUGCAAAUCAGCUUUUUAGGUUUAAUACAAAAUUUUUCUAAGAAUUAUCUGAAAAAAAGCAGUUGUUUUACAUUUGAUAACACGGCACAUUUACAAAAAAGUUACUUAAAUACCUCUCAAAACAAUACCAACUUAGCUUCAUUUUUCUUAAGAGAAAUGAGCAAAAUGUUCAGAUGUUUUGUACCUGUUAACUCAAAUGGUGUGCACUGAAUAUUCAAAGCAGGAUUUCGUUUUCAAAUUGCUUAAAAGGGGGGAACAUUUAGAAUGAACUGUUAAGUAAAUGUUGGAAGCUUAAAUAGUGGGGAUAGUUAUGAUACAUACAGAAUGCUAAACCUCUUACUAUAAGCUAAACUUAGUAUCACUUUAAAAAGAAGGAUUUAGGAUGCAAUUUUCAUAUACAGACAUGUUAAGCUGUUUCAGCACGAGUAUGAUCUAGUUUCAUGUGGAUAUUGCAUAUAAUUUAUUAGAAGGUAAAGGAUACAGUAAUUUUAUUUAAAAUUACAGUGCAGUUUAGUUAAUCCACUGUUGAGAUGGACACACGGGAGAAUUUACUGCUGACAAAAGUAGCUGAAACUCCACUGAAGUCAGUGAGGUGGUGCCCUUUUAUGCUAACAAUGACUUUGAUCCACAGUGUUCAGCCUUGAAAUAGUAAGUGAAGAGCCAAAGAUGAGGUUAGACCGUGUAGGAUUUGGCCAGGCAACAGGAGAAAAUGAAACAAACCUAGUAAAAGUGUCUGGAGUUCACAAGCCGUAAUAUUAAGCUGUCAACCAAAGGGUAAAAUAAACAAUCAAAAUACCAAAAAAGGGUCUUGCAGGAAAACCUAGCUUUGUUUAAACUGUUGUUUGUCUUUAUUUAUUUGUGGUAUAUGAUAGACUCUUUUUUUUUUAAGACAAUUUUACAUAUACUUGAUAAAUUAUAGUUUUGUUUGUUAUAGUUAGAAAUGUUGCUCUUAAUGUAAAUAGUUGACAAAUGAUGUAAAUAAUUUUGUAAGGCUUCAAAUGUUUAUACGUGGAAACACAUGCAUAAAUUGGUUGCUGUUUUGCUUCUUUUGCCUCCCCCUACCUUAUUUUUGUAUUGUGGUAUUUCCUAUGCAAAUGAUGGAGCAAACAGCUGUAUAGUUGUAGAAUGUUUUGAGAGAGAAUGAAAUGGUUUAUAUAUAAAAGACUUUUUUUUUUUUUUUUGCAAAAUAAAACAAAGUGCCUAAUGUG